UAUGGGUUACUCAGAAGGGAGUCUUUUCUUAUAGUCUUGUUUAUGUUUUUAUUUUGUUCACGUAUUCGUUUAUUCGACUUGCGAGUUGACAUAAGUCAAUCUUUCUUUUAUCAGGGCCUUACACGUCGAUUUAAUAAAGUAAAUCCCUUGAUCUCCGUAGUUUUUUAUCGUCAGAGAAUGGGAAUGAAUCCAUAGCAGAGGAAACGAACGUUAUCCAGCUAACGUUAACUGUAACGCUAACCAAACAAACCUUAUUUUAACCACAUAUAAAAGAUAUUAACAUGGGUUCAAUACUUAGCCGGAGAAUUGCUGGAGUUGAAGAUAUCGAUAUUCAAGCCAAUUCGGCGUACAGAUACCCUCCAAAAUCAGGAAAUUAUUUUACCAGUCAUUUUUUCAUGGGAGGAGAAAAGUUUGACACUCCACAUCCCGAAGGAUACCUUUUCGGUGAAAAUAUGGAUCUAAAUUUCCUAGGCAACAGACCUGUACAGUUUCCCUAUGUGACCCCUGCACCGCAUGACCCUGUGAAGACACUGAGGAGUUUGGUGAACAUUAGGAAGGAUUCUUUACGACUCAUCAGGUAUAAGGAUGAUUCUGACAGCACCCACGAGGACACGGGAGAUCCCCGAGUUCUUUACAGUGUUGAGUUCUGCUUCGAUACUGAUGCCAGAGUGGCUAUUACACUGUACUGUCAGGCCUUUGAGGAGUUUGCAAAUGGGAUGGCAAUAUACACCCCCAAGAGUCCUUCUAUGGUGUCUGAAACGGUCCAUUAUAAAAGAGGUAUAAAUCAACAAUUUUCUCUGCCGUCCUUCAAGAUGGAUUUCACCAAAUGGAAACCUGAGGAGCUGAACUUUGAUCUGGACAGAGGUGUUUUCCCUUUGGUGGUCCAGGCAAUAGUGGAUGAUGGUGAUGUUACAGAUGUCACGGGUCAUGCACAUGUUCUCUUAGCAGCUUUUGAAAGGCACGUUGAUGGAAGUUUUUCAGUGAAACCCUUAAAACAGAAGCAAAUAGUGGAUCGUGUGAGCUAUCUGCUGCAGGAGAUUUACGGCAUUGAAAACAGGAACAAUCAGGACACAAAGUCCACAGAGGAUGAGAACAGUGACAACAGCAGCGAGUGUGUUGUCUGCUUAUCAGACAUGCGUGACACACUCAUUCUUCCCUGCAGGCACCUGUGUCUGUGCAAUGCCUGUGCUGACACACUGCGUUACCAGGCCAACAACUGCCCUAUCUGCAGACUCCCGUUCAGGGCCCUGCUCCAGAUCCGAGCUGUUAGGAAGAAGACAGCAGCCACUCUCUCCCCUGUCUCCUUCAGCCCAAUUCUGUCUCAGAGCUCUGACCAUACUGAACAUUCGAAUGCUGAUAAUAUCCCCCCUGGUUAUGAGCCCAUCUCCCUUCUGGAGGCCCUGAAUGGGGUGCAGCCUGUGUCCCCUACAAUCCCUUCAGCACCUCUGUAUGAGGAGAUCCAGUAUUCUGGAGACACAGGAGAUCCGCUCAACCUGACCAGCCGGCAGCAGGGUGGAGAUAGUGCGUCAAUUAAGAGCAAAGGAAGCAAAUCGCCUGAUGGGUCUGCACGUUCUCCAUCAUCACCCAUACAAGAGGAAGAAGAUGAAGAGAGGCUGUCAGAGCUCUCUGAUACCCAGUCUCGGGGUGUCCUACCCUGCAGUCUCACUCCCACUGAGGCAUCACUAGAUGGUGAGUCCGCCAAACCUGGCUUCCCAAAUUCAGGUUCAGAGAGCAGGUCGUUGGGUGUGUCAGUGAGUGAAAUCCUACAGGACUGCCACAGCGAGCGCAGCAGUCUGAGCCGUACAGAAAGUGACCCCUCAGCAGAUCUGGCCCUGCCUGCGUCUGAGUCAUGGUCUACUGCUGUAGAGGAAUGUUGACUCUGGGUCAUCUGGCUCCAUUGAAAGCCUGAAGAGUCAGAGCACCAGCGGCUCCAGUCAACCUCUGCUCUGCCUCCCCAGCACCCUGCACAUGGAAGAUGAACGUCUCACUCCAUAAUGACCAAGACACUUUCGUUCUACGUUCAAUCGAUUUCCAAUCCAGCAAAUUCAAUGUUUAAUGAUAGCUACAUUAUCUCCAGGGCAUAUUCAAGACUCAAAUCAAGAACCACAAUCAUAGUUAAGUCCCAUGCUGAAGUGUCCAAAACAUUUCUGUGUGAAGUAGACAACUGUAACAAACACUACAUGGAUAUUUAGCACAUUACCUUUAAGAAAACUUUAAAAAGAUGACAGAUUUAUAAGACUGAAAUACCGUUUACCUUGACAGUAUAGCGUCUAAAUGGUUUGAAUUGAUUUAUUUUCUUUGGUUUUAUGACUGUCCUGGGUGUUUUUAUCGUUUGUAUAAUCAGUAAAUGAACACUAAGUGCAUCAGAUUGCGGUCUGAUACAGACACUGUAUAAUCAUAUACUUAAGCAUAAAGUAAUCAUGUACUUCUGUAUCUUAUAUAUUUGUUUGUGCCUUACAGUAAUGUGUGGCUUUUCCUUCCUUCUUUCCCAUGAAACGUACAUAAUGGAAAACUGUAGCACUUCUUAAAGCUUUAAUGAGUAGUUUAUGGGAUUUGCCAUCAUUUACAACGACAUAUCUGAUGCUUUUUAGUGAAUUCACUGCUGCUUAUCUAUGUCGGGCACCUUAAAGUGUUGUAUAUUUGUACUUAGUUAAAUCCUUUUAUCAUAAAGUGUUGUGCCACUAA